UUCUUAUAAAUAAAACACUCCACCUAGUUCCGAGCUUGUGCUUUUGCGUUUCUGAAGCCGCUAAAACCCUCAGAACUCCACAGUACUCUAUACUUGGCAGCAAUCCUACAGGGUUCCGAGAUAUGUGCUGAAAACCAAUGGAUUUUGGAGAAGAUGCGAAAUCUUUGUGGCCCAUCUCAUCUGUUUUCUCUGCCCCUCUCCUCGCCGAUGACUCAGACACUGAUUCUCGAAAAACUGGGCCAUUGUUCUUCAACCCAUCUCUUGAGACACUGACCCAAAUCACAAUUCCACCUUCUCUCUACUCCCCAGCUCAAUCUUUCUCUCCUUUCCCUCAUCUCUCUCUCUCUAGAUUUCUUGAGACUACUAAAGAUGCUUCAAUUCUCCCUUCCACUAGCUCAAAACUUGCUAACUUUACCUUGGGCCGACACGAUUAUCAAACCCCCUUUCGAUAUAAUUCUCUGGAAAUGAUGAAGUGUUCCGGGUCGGGUCGGGUUUUGGUGUUUUUCCCGGCGGGUCCUAACUUGGACCAGGUGGGGUUUGUUUUGUUGUCAGUUGAAGGUGGUCAGGUUGUUGUUAAGUAUAGUGGUGCUAGCAGUGGUUUGAAUCAUAGGAUUUCGAGGUUGUUGGUGCAAAAAGUUAAGGAUUGCGAGUCAGGUGAUUUUGGGUUUUUGCUGAUUUGUACAAUGUAUUCUGUUUCUUGGUAUGUUGUUAGGCUAGGUUUGGAUUCCGAUACGCCCAAGUUGGAAUUUGUAGGUACUAGAUCUUUUAAAAGUUGUGCUGUUGUUCAUGCUUGUUGGAGUCCUCAUGUGCCCGAGGAGUGUGUAGUUUUGUUAGAAAGUGGGAAACUGUUCUUGUUUGAUUUGGAGUCUUGUUGUAUUGGCAGUGAUAGUUUGAUUAAUAAAUUAACAAGAAAGACUUUAAAGGUCUCAUGGGAUAAUCAUUUGGGUGGACAGGGGGGAGGUUCGUGGUUGAGUUGUGAAUUCAGUUGGCAUCCUAGAAUUUUGGUUGUUGCUCAUUCUAGUGCUGUGUUUUUGGUUGAUUUAAGGUCGGAGGGAUGUCUAGUGAAAUGUUUGUUAAGAAUAUCUAUGUUAGCAGGUGGUAAUUCUGUUAAAGAUAAUGAUCAGUUUGUGGCAUUUUCUAGAACAGGUCCGGAUGAAUUUUACUAUACAGUGGCUUCCAAUAGGUUCCUUUUCCUUUGUGAUGUGAGGGCGCCAUUGAAGCCUGUUCUGCGGUGGAGUCAUAGUAUUGAUACUCCUGCAUAUAUAACUGGGGUUAAGUUGUCCAAGCUAAGGUCAAACUCAAAGAAUGAUGAAUACACGUGGGCUUCUGAGAAUGGAUACUGUAUUCUGAUGGGAUCCUUUUGGAACUGCGAGUUUAGUCUCUUUUGCUAUGGACAAAAUACUAGAACAUAUAAUACUAGAACAUAUACUGAAAUUUCAAGACUGUGCAAGUCAUUUUAUGCUUGGAAACUCCCUUCUGAGUUCUCAUUGGCUGCUUGUGAUUGUUAUUGUGGAAGUUGCCUUCUGAGAGAGGAGUUCUCAAAGGAUGCUCUUCCUGAAUGGAUUGAUUGGCAACAAAAGAAAGACAUAGUUUUGGGCUUUUGCAUCCUCGAUGAAGAUCCUUCUGUCCAACUGUUUGAGGCAGAGAAUUUUGGUGGCUUCACCGUAAUUAAGCUAACUUCUUCUGGUAAUCUUGAGUUGCAAAGGUACUCUGCCUCACAUGAAGCAGUGAAUUUUUCUGACAAAGCUCACGAGGAGUGUUCUAUUCUUUUAAAAGAUUUUCUUAUAUGCGAAACUGGUGAUGAAGAAUAUAAAUUUUCCAAACAAUUGUACUUCCUAAAGCUAGACUACCUCUACGGUCAUUUAAGUGAUAAGCUGGAUAAAGUUUUGAUGAGUAAAAAGAAAGAUACAUCUGGUAACGGUCCAGAAGUUUCUCUCAGUUCAGAGUUUCACCAAGAUAUAUGCCAGAAGUUGAAGACAUGUGGAAUUAAUGAACUUAGAGCAUCCAGUGACAUGAGCUCUGCAGUUAGAGACAUUGUAUCCCCGAUGAGUAUGUUGGAGAUUGCUUUGAUGAGCAUGUGGUCAAGCUUGCCACCAGCUCUCUUACGCAUAAGUUUCGUCACCUACAUAGACUUAAGCAGUAUCACAGUUAGUCGUAAGAAUUUGUCCUUGGAGUUUUUAAAUGUUCCAGACCAACCUCAAUUGCCUCCUUUUACCUUUCGGAACCCGUCACACUGUAGUAAUAAGUGGUCUCACAAGAUGCAGCUUGGCAAUCCGCUUGUAGGUCCAGCAGUUCCUCUACAUUUUUUGGUAACUUAUAACAAGCUGUAUAUAGAAGCAGAAGCAGAUGGAGAAUCAUCUAACCGUCUAGUUGAACUUGAGUGCAACAAAGUCAAGCAGAUGGUCAACAAAGUUGUUGUGCGAGAUGCAGCUUAUGGUAACCUUGGCGAUGACAGUGAACAUGUUGUUUCACUUUCAAAUGACAAAGAUGACUUGUGUAAUGGCUCUCAAGAUGGGGAUCGUUUUUCGAUUUAUGAACCAGUUGCAUUCUCCAGUAAAAUUUCCAAUGUGGAUCCUCCUACAUCCUCAAGUUCUGCUUUUAGAAAUCACAACUAUUCAACCUUUUUAAGUAGAUGCAGUCCAGCCGAGGUAUGUUCCAGCGACAAACUGGAUUUAACAAAACCUGAAGCUAUUGAUGCCAUAUGUCGUCCAGGAGUGAAGUUUCGUGAUCUUCCAAUUGACCAUUUGCCUGCCGAAUUCAAAUAUUUGUUAGGACAACAGAAGAAAUUUAUGAAUAGUUUUGCAGCUAAGAGGUCUAGCUUUCGGAAACGAUAUCUGUGAUCUGCAUAUAUGUAAUAAUCUUUCCUGAGUCGUUUUGGUUUUCGAGCGGAGGUUUCUAAGCAUCAAAUUUUGGUUUAUCUCA